UCGCGGGAGGGUGCUCCGCGGCCGCCGUGGGGCCUGGGGCGGCGGGCGGGCGGGGCGGGGAGGGCUGCGCUGCGCUGCGUCGCUCCCCGCGCGGCCGCCGGGAGGGCGAUGACCGAGUACAAGCUAGUGGUGGUGGGAGCCGGCGGCGUCGGCAAGAGCGCGCUGACCAUCCAGCUCAUCCAGAACCACUUCGUGGACGAGUACGACCCCACCAUCGAGGACUCAUACAGAAAGCAGGUUGUUAUUGAUGGAGAGACAUGCUUGUUAGAUAUUCUGGACACUGCAGGACAGGAAGAAUAUAGUGCUAUGCGCGAUCAGUACAUGAGAACUGGGGAAGGAUUCCUCUGCGUGUUUGCCAUUAACAACAGUAAAUCAUUUGCUGAUAUUAACCUUUACAGAGAGCAAAUCAAGAGAGUGAAAGAUUCAGAUGAUGUGCCAAUGGUUCUGGUUGGGAAUAAGUGUGAUUUGCCCACAAGAACAGUAGACACAAAACAGGCCCAAGAAUUAGCAAAAAGCUAUGGAAUCCCCUUUAUAGAGACAUCUGCUAAAACAAGACAGGGUGUUGAAGAUGCUUUUUACACGCUGGUGAGAGAGAUCCGGCAGUACCGGAUGAAAAAGCUCAACAGCAGUGAAGAUGGGAAUCAAGGCUGCAUGGGAUUGUCCUGCAUUGUGAUGUGAUAAGAUGCCAGGAGUACAUGGUUCAGAUGUAGCUGCUGGACGAGUCUCGAUGCUACUGUAUUGCGUCUCAUGCUGAUGCCCUGCAGUAUUUUGGUGCCAGCGACCAGAAUCUUGGUACCAGUUAAUUAGCACAGGGUCCUUUUCUGUGCUCCAUCUGAAGAAAACAUCUCUGGUGUCUACCUCCUUGCUCAGCUAACAGAGCAGUCACAUCUCUUGGUGUACUGGGAUUCUUUUCUCACUGUGUUGCCUGGGCUUGUUCAAGAAGAAAACCAGUCACAAGAAAAGUGAAUUACAGAGACUAAAUGCUGUGAAAAAGAUCUCACUUUACCUCUAGAGUAAAAGCUAGAAGUAGUGUUUGUUCCCUUUGUAUCGGAUACAGAUUUGCAGCGUUGUCAGAAGAGUGGCAGAAAUGGUUUUGCCACCUUUAAAGCUCCUGUCACUUACCAGAUUGGUAUCUGCUGUCUGUGCACCCACACAGCAUAUUUGCAACAUCUGCAUUGUACCAGGAGUACCGCUUAACUGGUCAACUGAUCUUUUAUUUUUCUGUAAUAAAAAGGAGAUACCUUUGCUAAUUUAAGUGCCUGUUUGCUGAGAAGAUUUGGAGUUGUAACCUGUUCCCUUGGGCUGAGGAAAGUCACAAGGACUGGAAUAUCUUGGGAGCUUGUUGUCUUAAGUAGGCAAGUCUUGUGUGGAGGAUCUGUUUGCAUGGUAGAUUACUAAAACAGGAAUUUGUAGGCUGAAAGAUUCAGCAGGUGCUUGUAAAACUCUUGAACUAGGGAGGGGAACAUACUGCAUCCAUUUUUGAUCCGUCAAAAUGGAUCCAUCCACCUCUUUUUAGGUGGAACUGUGCGUAUUCUAUAUUGGUUUUCUAGAGCAUUUGGAUCUUCCUUUUCCAGGUUGGACCAAAUUAGUCAGCUGUUCACUUUAACAUUAACUGCCAAUAUUUACGGACAGAUAGUUAAUCUAAUAACUGGAGGUUAGUUUGGGCAGUUGUUACUCAGCUCUGUCUGUAACUUGCAAAUUAUUUUAUUCUGAAUUAUUUUCUUAUUCUGAAUUAUUUUCUUACCACUGGACCAUAAAUGUAGUCUCUUCAAAAUGGCUCUGUAAAAUGUAGGUGGAGAGCCUCCUUGUCGUGGAAGGAGUCUGGGAUUUGAAGUUGACUGUAAUUGGUGCAGUGGUUGUCAUGGAUGCCCAGGCUGAGGGGAGAAAGCAAUGAGCUAUAACAAGAAAGCUGAGCUAACUUCUGAUUGCAGCAUCCUUGCAAAAUGAGGAAGGGAUUCAGUGGUGUCUACGCAGAAGGUGUGUGAUAUACUGAUGGGAAUUCUGGGUUUGUUGUAACAGCCUCAAAGUACCAUAGAAUUGCUGCAUAAGCUGUGUGAGUUCUUCCUAGAACACAACGUUGUCACUUUAUGUAAAUGGGACGUACAAAUGUGGUCCCCGUUGUAAAGCCUAUUAGCGUUCAUUGGAAUACUGUGUCCUUCCUUAGUUCUUGUGCUACUGAUACUGGGUUCUGUUGUGUGUGAUCAGGCAGCAUUUCUCAUAGCAAAGCUGAAUGCCCAGUUACUGUCUGAUGGAAGAGUAAUGAGUCCCCAGCCUACAGAGGGAGUAUUCAGUCUGCAGAACUAGUGUGAGUGUAGAAACUGCAAGAGGCUUAAUUUCAGUUUGUUGGUGUCAGAUUCCUACAUCUUCAUUUGAAGUUGAAAAUUCCAAAUUGAAAUCAGAAAUCAGUAAAUAGAGAAAAAACUUCCUUUCAAUACUUCUUCAUCCACUAAUUACAUUCUUAAUUUUCUUCUUGGAAUGCAGAGGAUCAAUCUGUAUCAUAUUUUCUUUAUCCUUGAUACUCCAGAUAAGUAUUUUAGCAAUUUAUUUUAUUCUUGAUGGAUGUGACACUGAUGAGAAUUUAAAAUACAUUAUUUUUACGUGAUUUUCCAGUGACAUACUCAGUAGAGGGUAGCAUUAUGGAUAACGCUGGCUGUGACUUGAGUUCAUUUGAAGGUGAUAUUAUGCUUGCAAGUUAAACGUGACAGAAUCAUGAUCAUUGUGAGCUAUCUGUAAUCACCAAGCAGUUUCGUUGUUGUUUUUGGUGUUCUUUUGGUGUUUUUUUCUUGGUGCAAGAAAAGUUGUUUGCGAAAGCAUUCUUUGAGCCCUGAAGCAGGAGCUGACUGUCCCUGGAGUUGUGUGACAUACUGUUUGCCCACUUAAUAAAAUUACAGAAAAAUAUAGCGUUGGGGAUACACAUCUGGUUGCAUAGAUUCAGCAUUUUAGAAAGACAGCAAUGCGGAGUUUCUGCUAUGUUGAAUGGCGAGUUUAUUGUAGGUCCAUUAUGCUUUUGGACUACUUGGAAAAAUUUGGAGCUGCUUCUCUGGCAGGCUUGACUGCAUAGUUCAGAGCAUGGCUGCCUGCUGCCCAUGGCCACAGGAAGUGUUUUGCAACUGGCAGUUGGUGUUUGAAGGCUGUGUGGUCAGGUGUGAAAAUUAAACAUUCCUUUUGAUAUGGAUUCAUCAUAACAACUUUCUACAUUGUUUGGCGUGUUCUACUUGUCAUUAAAAGUGUACUAGCUGGAACUUCAGAAUUUGUGAAUCCUCAAAAUCAUAUGGGAGCUGGCAACUGAAUCUGCUUUCUCUUAGGUGUUCUCUUUCUCUUAGGCUGUAUAAAAUUUUAAAAGGGAAGGAGGCCUGUAAAGCAAGUACUUGGUCAGCAAGUAUUUUACUGUUGGAACCAGAGGGAUCAUGCAUCAGCUUUCAGGAUGCUGUAGAGCUAACUUACAUGGGUGGUACUCCAUAAAUAUAAAAAUAUCUAUGAUAUUUUUGGUUCAAAUCUAUUAAGUGGUUUUACAAAAUCAGGUUUUGUACCAGUUAUGAGCACGAAGUAAAUGACUGUACUUGGUUUCCAGCCGUGUAUAUAUACACAUAUAUAUGAGUUAUUGCAGUCAGUGAAGGUCCCUGGCAGUACAUAAUGGAUAUGCAUCACAUGAUGCGUUAGGGCUAAAGUCAAGUCUGAGGAGCCAUCUUUUUAUGGGUUUGGGUCUGGGAGUCGGUAUUUUUAAACAGAACAGCUGAAACGCUUUCUGAAGUUCUGGGACAAGGCAAUGUCAAGUGCUACCCUUGCCUUUUAGUGUCGCCAGAUAGAUGAAUGCAAACAUUCAAUGUAAGGUUCUUAUGUCUAGCACAACCUACUGCUAGAGACACUUUUUUAUGGAGCUGUGUUCUGUCUCACUCCCAUGCAACCAUUGUGAUGUUUGAGGAACACGUAAGCAGAUGAUUUGCUAUCAGAGAGGUUUCAGUGUCAACAGAAAAAAAGUUUUGUGUCCUGAGUCCCUGCAUGCUCAUGCUGAGCUGCGAUCUGUGACAGGGCAUGAUCAGACCAGAAGGGAAACCCACACUAUCUCGUGCUGGAGCACAGCUCUGGCCCUUCUUAGUUCUGUUCUAUGUGCCCUUUCAGUUGAGGUGUUAAGAUUUCUUAGAACUUUCCAAGGUAUAAGGUAAUACCCAUUUUACAGCUUGCUCAAUUAACAUCUGUUGAUGGUGUUAAGUUGGACUUGGGAAAGCGGUGUGUUUGCCGGGAACAACUUGAGUCUGAUGCACUUCUUUAAUCAGGGCUUUGCUAGCUGUGAUUUUCAGGUAUAAAAUGCAACUGGCUUUUAAAAAAAUAUUUAUCAGCAGCUUGUGGAUGGUCAGCCAAAUGUUACUGUGAUUUUGGUGGCAACUUGUAGAGCACUGUGGAAGGACCAAACCCUAAAAAACUUUUGGAAAAAUAAUUUAGAAGGUAAGCACACAAGUUUUUGCACGAGACGGUUCCCUAGAAAUGGUUUUGUAGAUUCAGUCCAAAUGUUCUUAUUUUGAACUAACAGCACUACACUGUUAGUACUAAGAUAACUUCAUUAUCCUAAUAAGAACAGGCCAUAAACAACCUUGAGGUAAAAUAUUUUAAAAAAUGUGUAAUGUUCUUGUUCAAAAAUUACCAGUGCAACUAAUUGUAAAAAAUGUUUGUUACUGUUGACCGAGAACAGCCAUUUAACAAAAUAGUGUAACACCGUGGCUGGUUAAUGUUAGUGCCCUACUCCAUGGUCUUGUUCAAAAAGCAUUGUUCAGAUUUUGUUUUCAUUGACAUCAGGGACGCUUUGGAUGGUAACCAUGAUGCUGAAGUAGACACGUUUUUUAGCACAGUUAAGUGAUUUAGAAAGAACUGGAUUUCAAGCAAUUUCAAGCCUGUGGGGGGAGGGAGAUUAAAGAAGGUUUGUAUCGCGUUCUAAUCCUGUACUUAGUCCUUCAUUACCCUGCAAACCUAAGUGACUGUGUGCAGCCUCCGGGAUGGCUGGAUACUGUUGGGAUGUGGACUUUUUUUUUUUUUUUUUUUUUAAUCCAAGGGCUAAUUUGUUGUUACUUUGUAUAAUUAUCUGCUUUCAGUAAUGCAUCUCUGUUGGUUUGGAGUAAAUUAUUUUGCUUCUUAAAUAACUUUUUUAAAGAAUAAACUUUGUGAAUUCUU